AUGUCUGAAAGCGUGGGCGCCCUGCAGCGCUUGAAGAAGCUUGGCUUCCAGCAUGGGCGAUACCAAAGCAAAUUCCAAGUACGCUAUGAACCGAAAACUCUAGCAACGAAAAGAAUCCGUCGUGGGGCUCCCUGGGAAUCAACGUUUCUGCGAAAAUCUAAAGGUGAAAAGAGGGAAAUUAUCUCGAGACCGUGGGAGUAUCCGAUGGCAGCUCAAAACCUUUCCGUUAUUCUCAUCCAGAAGCGCGUGCGAGGUAUGCUCUGUCGAGGACGGCAACAAGUCACCAUGAGCAGGAAUGCUGCUCGCGCUCGCAGUCCAAUGCAGCAGUUCGUCGCAAAAGGGGGGAGUUUCUCCGAUGAGCGUGGCUUUCGCAUUUUUGUCGUCACAAAACUUCAAGCUUGGUUUCGGAUGCAGCGACUGCGUUGGAGAGGAACACUGGAGAGGUAUCCACUCUACCACAUUGCUGCGCUUCAGAUUCAGUACGCGUGGAAGACGCACUGCCAACACAAACUGUACCAACGACAAUCUGGCGACCCCGACUCGGCGAUGACACGUGUAGAUUGCGCUGCGCUAUGCAUCCAGACCAACUGGAAGAUCUACACACAUCGACGUAUUUUUAGGUACUACCGUGAUCUCCUUACAUUCCGCAGUACUGGGGACCCCGCACGAAUGUUGCGGGCUAUCAACCCUUCGGAAGCGUCUCUGUUGGAUGCAUCCAUGGGCGCACAGGUUCGAUUUCGUCUCGGUGGCUUAGCAUUCCCGCCCACUAUCUACUACAAGAUCUACACGCGCAAACCCGUGUGCGAUCUGGGUAGCUUUAGCCCUAAGAACUACACAGUGGCUCGUCAAAGUGCCCCAGUGAGUCACUCACACGUCAAGUGCCAACCAGGCCAGUCCGUGCACACAACUUACAUCCGAGUGGGCAACUCGUACUACAGAGCACGACAGCAAUCAGAAGAUACUCGAUUAUGGUACCGCCGUCUCGAGAACAAUGGCUGGCGUUCGGUGACAGCCAAGGUGCUGGCUGAAGCCAACGCUGAUCCUAUCGCUCAAGCCACGGCCACUCGUCAACCUAUUAACGGAUUUCACUACUCGAAGCUUGUGCGACAACAAGAUCGCGAGCGAGUUCGUCGGCAUAAGAAGCGACUGUGGAUGCAGAAGCUGUAUGCAGAAGGGUUGCUAACUGCAGCGGGUCGUCCAGAGAAGGACGAGGAGGAUCAAACGGACACACAGCCACCGAUGCUUUUCGAUGUGGUCUUUGAGGACGAGAAUUGGGAAGCCGAAGCCGAGGAGAUGUUCCGGUGGGCCUCUGCGCUGGACUACGACAAGUACGUGGAUAAUUGGUACGGGCUAGGUCGGACGGCAGCUACAGACGACGACCUGGCUUAAUAAGAUGGCUGCAUACAGAGCGUUUUAAGAAGCGCAUUUUGUUCACAGAAUUCUUCUUUUCAAAAUAAAACUUGGCGUGUAGGC